AUGAAAGCCUUUCUUGUGCAAUCCCUCAGCAAGUCAAGACCGCUAUUCUCAUCAUCGGAGGCUCGUGUAUUGAAUUUUAGCUACAGUGUCAUGGGUUCAAACAAAGUAUUGACUAUUGGACCUCAUGUAUUUGCAAAUCUAGGUGCUUCUCGUAAAAUUGAUUCAAAAACAUAUGUUCCGAGGAGUGAUAUUUUCCCAACCUCAUUCCGAAGUUAUCAUUACAAUAUAAUUUAUCGAAAUAACAAUACGGAAGAAAAAGAUUUAUCAUUUAUGGAAACUGAAGCAUUCAUCAAAGCGAAUGAACAAAUCACACAACUGGAGAAAUCUUUUGCAGAGCUGUUGAAAAAGAAACGAAAAAAUCAAACCUUACAGUAUGAUGAAGAGUUGGAGCGACAAAACUUGGUGUUCAGCACGAACAACUUGCUUGAGAGAGCUGAGGAAGACAAUGGAGGAGACACCUCACUCAUGCACCCUCUUCAUUUGUACAUGACAUGGAAAUUAUCAAAAUUACGUUCAAAAUUAUUGAUGAGAGAUUUCUACACUGUGGAUCACAAUAUUCCAGAAGACGCAAUUACCGAGAGUGUAAAAAUGUUGGAGGAAAGACCCUAUCUCGCCAACUUAUUGAAAGAACAAUUGAUAGACCGUAAUGAAUUUGAAAAGUAUGACAAGAAUUUUGAUCAAACGAUCCAAUUUCCAACCUACACAGGUCAUGUUCAAAUUCACUCUCCAGAAAAUAAUUGGCUUAAAUAUUACAUUCAUGACAAACUCUCGAACAGUUCAGUAGGCUCCAUCAUUGCUAAGAAGAGAGCUGUUUUUGCAGAGUUGGCCGAGUCCAUGCAGAGUGGUUUAGCGAGCUCUCUCCAACUGGGACCUUCCAUCGUGAAAAAAGACUUGUUUAUUUUUGCCUUCUACUAUGUCGUUCACUUUUUCAGCCGAUUGAAUCCAGAGGCCUAUGAUCAAUGUAAGGAAGUGGUCAAGAUAUGGGACAAGGGUCUCAAAGAAGAAUUCAAAGAUGUUACCUUCAAGGAUUGGGAAACCGAUGUCGAGCUUCGUCUUGACUCUUGCAUGUCUGUUCUCAAGGCCUUUCUCAUUGGAUUCACUUCAGAAGAUGAGACCUCGGCCGAAACAAUCAAAAAGUAUGCAAAACUCGCCCAAAAACAAGAUUCCAACAAUUUUUAUGUCUUUACACUGGAUGUUGGCGAAGAUCCUGCCUCCUUCCUCAGAAAUAUUGUAAAGGCUGAGAAGAUUAUCCUCGAAAAGGGCAAGCUCAAAACAAUCAAUCAUUUACGAUUUUUCCCCAUUCUUUUCCAUAAGGCCACUACCGUAUGGUCUGCUGCUGCAGCCGCGAAUGAUCAGGUGGAACGAGGAAAAGUCGCAAAAGAUGCUCUCAAACUCCUUCAACUCUCUUUCAACAAUUUGCAUGUACCCAUGGAUCCUAUCGAAGUUCAAACCAUGGCCGAUUGUAAAUUAAUGAUGGGAGAACCUGAUCAGUCCUUGACAUUGUAUAAGGAAUUUUUCGAAGUACAAUUUCUGACCUCAUCGUAUCACAUAACCCAUGCGGUGGAGGUGGUCUCCUCAUUGCUCCUCAGUGUUGGUGAGUCUGAGAGUGCGAUUAAAUCCCUCAAUCGAUACUGCAAAUAUUUCCCUGAGGAUUUUACAGUUUCGUUGAGGUUGCAUCUCAUUCAUGCGCUGGUGGAGCCUCCCAACAGUGACUUGACAUCACUCAUUAAAUCCAAUGAUCCCUCUGUUCAAGCCCAAUUAGCCAAAGGUGGUGACCUUCGUGCCAACAACUCCACACCAUCCAAACUCUAUCAUGGAAAAACAGAGCGCGAACAGUUGGAAUGGUGUCGAAAAGAGCUCAACAAACUGAUGGAUCGUCACGCAGAGUGGUUGGAAAUGGAUGAUGCACUUUAUCAUUUCUACCAAGAAAUACGCAACAAGGUGGAAAUGAAAUUGAAACAAGGAAACAAGAUGCCGCAAAAACCAACAGUUCCUUCCGCACUCAAGGCAUCCAUGAGCAAAUCUCUCUUAACGAAAAGCAGCGACAAGAAGAAGAACAAGUAA